GGUUCACCUACGUUACUGGCAUGUUGGCGAUGGUGGUUUCAAUCGUUUCAGGGAGAUUUGCAACAAGGCCCUUUCAGUGUCUUGUUGACGACGCUGACCAGCGUUGGAUGGGAACUGGUUGAUCCUCCUUGGAUACGGGACCAUCUUGGUGGCGAUCAUGAUUUUUUGCUUAUGUCAGGGCCUCUCAUGAAGCAAUUGAUCCAAGAUGCAUGGCUUUUGAAGGUGGCUCAAAAUGUCCAUCACCGGCCAACUAUGGCGGGACUGACCGGCAUUGACCGCCAUGUUACGGUGGAGACCAACACCACUUUGACUGCGCACCAGCUUUCACUGCAGAUGGCGUUGCAAAGUGGGACGUUCAUAGACACUUGGAGCCAUAGUAAGUAUGACAAGUCCAAACAGGGAUACUGUCAAGUUUGUGAUUGCCCCAAUACCCACCAACACCUUUUGGUUUGUAGCAAAUACCAACAUUUACGGGAAAAGUUUUCUUUGACCAGCGCUGAACUGACCUCCUGGCCACCAUGCUUUGCUCAUCAUUUGCUGUGCCCGCGCUCUCCUUUUGUGGAUGCACUACGGGCCUACUUCUUGAACGUGCCAGACAAGUCGAACAUCUUCGACAGUGGUCCGGAAGCUGACGAAGUCAACCACCUUUUCACAGAUGGUUCCUGCUUUGCUCAUGGGCGGAGAGAAACACAUUUGGCAGCCUGGGCCGUCUACAAUGCCACCACGCAACGGCCAUUGGGGACCGGCCCGGUGCCAGGCCUCGAACAAACCAUUGGCCGCGGCGAAUUGAGCGCUUUGGUCUUUGCACUUCGCUGGGCUCUUCAUUUUCAGGUGAAGACACACCUGUGGAUAGACGCCAAAUGGGUUCAUGAUGGUUUCCAACAACGGAAACGACAUACUCCGCGGCACAUUGUGCCGGUCAACGGCGAUCUUUGGUUAGAGGUGGACAACCUUUUGGCCAACGGCGCGGCGCACUUGGUCGAUUCUUCCUGGAUCCCGUCUCAUUUGGAUCUAGCCCGCUGUGAGAGCCCUUUUGAAGAAUGGAUCGCGCGCAACAAUGCGGCGGUGGAUGUCAUGGCGGUGCGCUGCAACCAUGAAAGACCUCAAUCCUUGUGGACGUUGGUGAACCAACAGCGAGACUGGGAUCAAUGUUGGCGAGAUCGCUUGCAAAAGCUACGCCACUACUACUUUCACAUCUAUGAGAUUACCCACCAGCCUCCCUCAGCGAGUGAAGUGAUCCCUGUGGUCUCCAGUGACGAGGAAGAGAAUGAAGGAUCAUUGUACAGUUUUGCUGAUGUGCUGUCAGGGGCUUCAGACUUUUGUACAUUCCAAGCCACGACAGGUUUUCCUUUUUCAUUUUUGCAGAACCUGAUGUCAUGGAUUCACGAUCAUGAUGAUUGCGAGGAGGUUCCUAGGCCUGUUAGUUUGUUGGAGGUUACGGUUGGUUUGUUGCACUUUGACCCGAUUCAUUUCCCUCAUCGAAAUCCCACGACAGGGGAAUGGACCGAUCAGGACAGGCUUCUGCUUUUUGAGCGGCCCACGCUGGCAUAUUAUUUGGGUAUUGUACAGAAAACAUUCCAGUAUUUGGCCACUCAAUUUAGGUCUUUGGACCCCAUUUUACGAUCAAUUAAUUGUCUCAACCUAGGGGUGCAUAUUCCGCAGAAGGGCAUUUUUCUCCGCCUCCCCAGGGCUCUGAGAUCAGACAUCAAUAUGAUGUUGGGAGGUUUCACAAGGACGCGGCCCGUCCGCAGAAGUGCCGAUUUGGCACGUCCUCUUUAGCGACCAAUGGACAGGCUGGUGACUGCACUGCUGCGGCCGUGCAUCGCUGGUCUUGGGAAGCAGUCCGCACUA